UGUUCGUGGCUCGGCGUCACUUUGUGAUCUCACUUUGAGGUUAGGAGUUCGGCAUUAGAACAAUGGCUAACUGAGCUGAAAAAGAAGACGCCCCUACCCGGCCCCCCGCAUUACCAAAAUGGUGAGAAAGUGCUUAUCGGGGCGGUAAUGGAGUGUCCCCUCUUCUGGCCCACGAACGUGCAGACUGAUAAAGGCACUUUGGUUUGAUGCUGUGUCAGAAGUCUGAUGAUGAGCUACUGGAACGUGGAGCGGAGGAGCCGAGCGCAGUACCGCAGGCAUUUUCUGGUGGACAACAGUGUGUUUCACGUUGAGAGAUGCAUGAGUGUAAUGCAGUCCGGGACGCAGAUGAUCAAACUGAAGCGUGGGGCCAAGGGGCUGGUCCGGCUCUUCUACCUGGAUGAGCACCGGACCCGCCUCCGAUGGAGACCCUCCAGGAAGAACGAGAAAGCAAAAAUUCUUAUUGACUCCAUUUACAAAGUCACCGAGGGCCGGCAGUCGGACGUGUUCCACAGGCAAGCGGAAGGGGACUUUGACCCCAGCUGCUGCUUCACCAUCUACCAUGGCAGCCACAUGGAGGCCCUGGACCUCAUCACCUCCAACCCUGAGGAGGCCCGCACCUGGAUCACAGGCCUCAAGUACCUGAUGGCCGGCAUCAGCGAUGAAGACUCCCUUGCCAAAAGGCAGAGGACCCAUGACCAAUGGGUGAAACAGACCUUUGAGGAGGCGGAUAAGAAUGGCGACGGCUUGUUGAACAUUGAGGAGAUACACCAGCUGAUGCAUAAACUCAACGUCAACCUGCCCCGGAGAAAAGUCAGACAGAUGUUCCAGGAAGCUGAUACCGAUGAGAAUCAGGGAACUUUGACAUUUGAAGAGUUCUGUGUUUUUUACAAAAUGAUGUCAUUGAGACGGGACCUUUACUUGCUGCUCUUGAGCUACAGUGACAAGAAGGAUCACCUGACCGUGGAGGAACUGGCUCAGUUUCUGAAGGUGGAGCAGAAGAUGAAUAAUGUGACCACAGACUAUUGUCUUGACAUCAUAAGGAAAUUUGAAGUUUCAGAAGAAAAUAAAGCGAAAAAUGUUCUUGGCAUAGAAGGCUUCACCAGCUUCAUGCGCAGCCCGGCCUGUGACGUGUUCAACCCGCUGCAUGGCGAGGUCUACCAGGACAUGGAGCAGCCCCUGUGCAACUACUACAUCGCCUCCUCCCACAACACCUACCUGACGGGGGACCAGCUGCUGUCCCAGUCCAGGGCAGACAUGUAUGCGCGCGUGCUGCAGGAGGGCUGUCGCUGCGUGGAAGUCGACUGUUGGGAUGGCCCCGAUGGAGAGCCGGUGGUGCACCACGGUUACACUCUGACCUCGAAAAUCCUCUUCAGAGACGUGGUAGAGACCAUCAACAAGCAUGCCUUCGUGAAGAACGAGUUCCCGGUCAUCCUGUCCAUUGAGAAUCACUGCAGUGUCCAGCAGCAAAGGAAGAUUGCCCAGUACCUGAAAGGAAUAUUCCGGGACAAACUGGACCUGUCAUCUGUAGACGUUGGGGAGACCAAGCAGCUUCCGAGCCCUCAAAGUCUGAAAGGAAAAAUCCUAGUGAAGGGCAAGAAGUUGCCUUAUCACCUUGGAGAUGAUGCGGAGGAGGGAGACGUUUCCGACGAAGACAGUGCAGAUGAAAUCGAAGAUGCGUGCAAGUUCAAGGUUCACUGUAAUAACGGAACCACCGAGCAUCAGGUGGAAUCUUUCAUCAGGAAAAAACUGGAGUCGCUGUUAAAAGAAUCUCAAAUUCGAGACAAAGAAGAUCCUGACGGUUUCACGGUGCGGGCGCUGCUGAAGGCCACGCACGAAGGCUUGAACGCACACCUGAAGCAGAAUCCAGACAUGAAGGAAAGUGGGAAGAAAUCACAUGGGCGAUCCCUCAUGACCAACUUCGGGAAACAUAAGCAGAAAACCACAAAAUCACGGUCUAAGUCUUGCAGUACUGAUGGCGGGGAAGACGCGCAGCAGAAUCCUGGCAAGGAGACCGGCCAGCUGUACAGGUUGGGUCGCCGGAGGAAGACCAUGAAGCUGUGCCGAGAGCUCUCUGAUUUGGUUGUGUAUACGAACUCUGUGGCAGCCCAGGACAUUGUGGACGAUGGAACCACAGGAAAUGUUUUAUCAUUCAGUGAAACAAGAGCACAUCAGGUGGUCCAACAGAAAGCAGAGCAGUUCAUGGUUUAUAACCAAAAGCAGCUCACGAGGAUUUACCCCUCUGCCUACCGCAUCGAUUCUAGUAACUUCAACCCUCUGCCCUACUGGAACGCGGGCUGCCAGCUAGUGGCACUGAACUACCAGUCUGAAGGGCGAAUGAUGCAGUUAAAUCGAGCCAAAUUCAAGACCAAUGGCAAUUGUGGCUACGUCCUCAAACCCCAGCAGAUGUGCAAAGGUACCUUCAACCCUUUCUCUGGUGAUCCGCUCCCUGCCAGCCCCAAGAAGCAGCUCGUCCUGAAAGUGAUCAGCGGGCAGCAGCUCCCCAAACCCCCGGACUCCGUGUUUGGAGACCGAGGCGAGAUCAUUGAUCCUUUUGUUGAAGUUGAAAUUAUUGGACUGCCAGUGGAUUGUUGUAAAGAUCAAACCCGUGUGGUGGAUGACAACGGAUUUAACCCCAUGUGGGAAGAAACCCUGACGUUUACGGUCCACAUGCCAGAAAUAGCUUUGGUUCGGUUCCUCGUGUGGGAUCACGAUCCUAUCGGACGAGACUUUGUUGGGCAAAGAACGGUGACCUUCAGCAGCUUGGUGCCUGGCUACCGGCACGUCCACCUGGAAGGGCUGACAGAAGCGUCCAUAUUUGUCCACAUCACAAUCCACGACAUCUACGGAAAGUGGAGCCCUUUAAUACUCAACCCCAGUUACACGAUAUUGCACUUUCUAGGAGCCACCAAGAGCAGACAGCUCCAGGGUCUGAAGGGACUGUUCCAUAAGAACCCCCGGCCCAGCUCUUCAGAGAACAGUUCCCAUCACACUCGGAGGCGAUCGCUGGGAGACAGGAUUCUGCGACGCACAGCCAGUGCGCCAGCCAAAGGCAGAAAAAGGAGCAAAAUGGGCUUCCAGGAAAUGGUAGAGAUAAAGGAUUCUCUCUCUGAGGCUGCCAGAGAUUCAGAUGGUGUCCUGAGGAGGACCACGCGGAGUCUGCAAGCGCGCCCCGUCUCCAUGCCCGUUGACAGAAGUCUGCUAGGGGCCCUGUCGCUGCCUCUGCCUGAAAGAGUGAAAGACACUGAAGGAAAAGAGAACUCUCUGGCAGAAGGUGAGGACGGCAGAAGAAACGGGGCGGCAGGUAUGAAGGACCCACAGCUUCCACAUUUCAGCAGAAAGUUCUCCUCCUCCAGCGCUCUCCUCAGGGACAUCAGCCCAGGGGAUUCCACUGCCAGCCUGCCCAUCACAGCAGGGCAGCCGGCAGUGCCGGGCCCCCCGGGUGGGAGCACCAGAUCCCGGGUGGCAGGUGACUGCCAGGAACACCAGUGCCCCCGCGAGUCCCUCUCCCCGAGGCAGCGCUGGGCUCUGGACCCUGCAGGUGACCUGGCGCAAGACCUGCGUGCUGUGAAAACCAAGGAGAAUUGGCGUGUGGGGGUCCCUGUGGGAGGGAUAGGCAUCCUUUCCCGAAGCAGUCUGGAGAUCAAGACCCUGGACGGCCACUGGGGCCAGGGCAGAGCUGCCACGUCCUCGUCUCUGUCGGACGUGUCUGCGCUCUGCUCCGCAGCACCUGACGCGCAGUCCACCGCAGUUCUGCAGGAGAGUGCCAUUUCCUGCCUCAUUGACGAUGUCACCUCGACGAACGGGAGCGAGCUGGGCGGUGCCGUCUCUGAGCUCAUUGGCCAGUUGGAUGAGACCAGUGACCACGCCGGCCCCACUGUCGUUGCUCAUCUUCAUGGCCCCAGGGUGAGGUCAGGCCGUCCUCCCCUGCCCACAGCGGACCUAGAGAUGCCCUUGGAGUGUGGCUUUUCCCAGGGAAAACCCGCGUCACCCUUCCUGAGCUCGUCUCCUGAGCUGAGUGCGUUCUCAAGCCCCGAGACCUCUGCUCGCUUGGCGCAUGAGGCUGUUUGUGAAGCUGCCUGCACUCUCGUCUCGAAAACCAAGCCAGGGGACCCUCUUCCUGGUCAGGCCAAGACGGGGGCCGUGGAAGGCACCCUGCCUUGGUCCUCGGGCCCUUCUCACUGCUGGGCACCAAGUCCCCCCAGUGGAGAGGACUGGGAAAUGGCGCAGAACCACAGUCCUGCCGCGUCCACGGAUGUGCCGCUGGAGGCUCUACUAGCCGAUCCCACCCUCUGUUUAAAUUCUGGAGAGAGCAGCCUCGUGGAAGUGGAUGGAGACUCGGAAAAUCUGUCUGUAACAACCUGUGAGUACAGGAGAGAGGGCGCAAGUCACCUUGCUUCUCCUUUAAAACUGAAGUACAGCCAGGAUGUGGUGGGGCAUUUUCAAAGAGGCUUGAGAAAUGGCUACUGUAGAGGGACUCUCCCCUGUUCUCUCUCUGAAAUAGUCAACAAUAUUCAAGAUGUCAAAAAUCAAAGCAUUUCUAGUCUAGCCUAUCAGGGUGCCGGUUUUGUGCAUAACCAUUUCUCAAAUUCAGAAGCAAAAAUGAACCAGACGUGUGUGCCCCUGUCUGGUGCUCAGGACGUGCAUGCGCCUGCACCCACGUGGUCCAGACGGCCUCCUCUGCCAGCUCUGAAGCUGCCCAGUCCUUGCAAAUCCAAAAGUCUGGGCGAUCUAACAUCGGAGGACAUUGCUUGCAGUUUUGAGAGCACGUAUCAGUGCAUCAGUAAGAGCUUUGUUACGACUGGCGUCAGAGACGGGAAGGGCGUGCCUGUGCAGGCAGAGUCUUUAGAGCCCGUGGAUGCCCUGACCCAGCAGCUGCGAGAGCUCGUGUCCUUGGACCAAGACGACGGCUGCCCGGGGCUGUGUUCGCAGCAGGACGCCGGCCCUCUCCCCAGGUCGCUGGUCAGAAAGCUGUCAUCCAGAAGCCAGAGCAGAGUGCGCAACAUUGCCAGUCGGGCCAAGGAGAGGCAGGAGGCCAGCAAGCAAAGAGGGGUGACCCCCGGCGACGCGGGUGGCGUGGUUCUCCGCAGCAAGCGCUCGGGACCUGCGCCCGCGGGGAACCGGCACUCCACGGGCUCCUACUUGGCCCACCUGCACCUGCGCGGCGUCCACCUGCCGGGCGCCCCGGGCCGUGAGGACGGCCGAGGACCCCCCGAGGGCGCGUGCGCCUGCACAGCCUUGCGCUCCCGCUGGACCCACCAGUUCGGUUCUGAUGAUUCUGUUGUGCAGACCGAGCCAAGCAGUGAUGCUAAACCAGAAAUUUAUUUUCUUUUGAGACUGUGAAUUAUAUAAAGCUGCAUUUUCAUUGUUUACAAGGUAUUCUGUAGAACUGUCAGCGUUUUCAGUAACUGUGGUCCUUGCCUUGAAAUGAUUUUAAGCUUGAUUUUGGUCUCCCUCUGACUCCUUUUGUUGUUCCUGCUCCUGCGUUUGUGCAGUUUCCAGUGACAUUUCCGAGUACUAGGAUCUCGCUCCCCUGGUGUCAACGUGUGCAGGCCUAGACUGACUCUUCUCAGCAGAUCGUGAUGCAGUGUCACCAAGAUGCCCUUUGCUCCGUGCCCUCAGGUCACAGUCACAGUGUGGUCCUUUCGACUCUCUGCUGAGUUAAGAGACUCUGCAAAGGACAAAGGGAUGAAUUCUUUAUUUUAAAGCCAUUGUCAUCUUUCCUAGUUUUCCCUUUGUUGAGAAGCCCAGAUGCAGUUUUAUAACUCAGUUAAAAGAAUGAAGGCGUGACCCUACCUUUUAAGAUUUCUCUACGCCCCCUCCCAUGAGAGAUUGGUAGCUGCCCCCCCAGACUCCCUCAUUUUAGAGUAGGCUGUGAGGGUUUAAGGAUGAAGGCAAACUUUGUAUAUAAGGGUAAAAUUGUUUGUUUUCCAUAAAUUUGUUACGUAUUUUUGCUAAUGGCUUUGUAUGUAACAAGAACACAGUUGCCAAGCUAUUUGUUGUACUUUUGAAUUUCCUGAUUAAAUUACAGACUUCAAACAAUGGCUUUCAGAGUGAGGGACUUCCAUCACAAGCUAACAAUGAUAGUAGCACAAAUUGAAAACUUUCCCAAAGCUUUCAAGAAAAAAAAUAUUUUCUCAUAAUAAAAUCCAAGUGAAUA